GUAGCCUCGGACCUUGUUCAGAAUAUAUAUUCCGCCCUCUUCCCUCUAAAGUCAUAUUAUUGUAUCCUUGUCUAUCGAUUUUGCUUGCAAUCUGAUCAGCAUGGCCACUGAGCCAAUUGGGAAGAGUGGCUACUAUGAAGAGCCCAGUAUAGCAGUUGGAGAAAGACCGAAAACUGCCAGUUUUCGGCAUGACCCCGAACUGGGUGCUGAUGUUGUGGAUAUCGCGAGGAUCGAGGCCGUGUAUAAAAAACUGGACCGGCGAAUUAUUCCAGCAUUUUGGGUGCUUUACUUCCUCUGCUCUGCUAUCCGGUCCAAUGUUGGCCUCGCUCAGACCAUGAACACCAAACAGGGCCACGACCUAGCUUCAGAGCUCAAUCUCACCCCGAAGCAGGUUUCUACUGGUCUAGCUUUAUUCUACGUUUGCUAUGUCUUAUUCGACUUACCGUCUAAUCUGGUCAUGUCGAAGCUCAGCCCUCAUGUAUGGAUGAGCCGUAUCGUCGUCGGUGUCGGUAUUAUAGGGACGUGUUUGACGGCCAUGAAAGCAGCAUGGAGCUUUUAUCUUCUCAGACUCCUGCUCGGUAUUGUAAUCGCUGGCAUGUGGCCCGGGAUGUCUUACUAUCUCACUCUCUUCUACCCGCCGUCGCGGACUGGCAAGCGUAUCGGACACUACUUCACUGCCGCUCAAGUUUCCGCCGCCGUCGUCGGCUUAGUGUCAGCUGGGUUUCAAGAGAUGGAUGGUCUUCAAGGCCUGACUGGUUUUCAGUGGAUGUUCCUUCUCUACGGGCUCGUUGGGAUCGUCGUCGGCGUCUCUUUGCUAUGGUGGCUUCCAGAUCGCCCCUUGCCUCCUGGCGAAGUACGAAAUCAGAACGGCUGGAGAAAGUGGAUCCCUCAGAGCAAACCCGCUUUGACCGGGGAGGACGCAAGAAUCCAUUACGAAGAUCUGACCCGCGUGUACCACCGCAGCGCCUGGAACAUGAAAGACCUUUGGCACGUGGUAAUAGAUUGGCGUCUAUGGCCCCUAGUCAUCAUGUACUUCGGCGUCGUAGGCGUUGGAAUCGGCACCCAGAGCUACGGCACCGUCAUAAUUCGAGGCAUCAACCCCGACCUUACCAGCAUCCAGCUAAGUCUGCUCUUCGCCCCUAUCUGGAUUAUGGACCUCAUCGCAAUCCUCCUCGUUACCCCCCUCUCGGACCGCUUCCACCACCACCGCGCCCUCUUCUUCAGCAUCGCCGUCCUCUUCCAAAUCGCCGGCCUCCUCAUCACUACCUUUGCCAGCGACGGCUGGGCCCGCUACGGCGGCCUCCUCAUCGUCGGCUUCGGCCUCGGCCCUACGGUCCCUAUCACUAUGACCUGGACGAACGAGAUCUUCCAGCCGCGCCAUGGCGAGGUAGGUGUUGCGGCUGCUAGCGCCCUUGUCUCCGGACUCGGGAAUCUAGGGAGUAUACUGACGACGUACGCGCUGUAUACGGGAUGGCCCGAGGAUGCAAAGGGGAAACAUAAGUAUCGGAAGAGCAAUUUGGUCAUGAUUGGGAUUCUUUGUGGGAGCAUCUUGGCCGCCGGCACGAUGGUGGUGUUGUUGAGGUUCUUUGGGACUCCGAGCGCUAAGAAGUUUAGUAGUUCGACUUCUACUAGCGAGGGUGAGGGUGUUGUCAUUGAUGGGGCGGCGAGGAGGGAGGUGCAGCAGAGGGGGCUGGGGAGGUUGUGGGUUAGGAGGUGAGAGU